UAGCUGUCAACAGUAUCAGCUGCAAACGUAAACAAACAGAAUAUUUUGUUAAAGUUAUUUAUUCCUAAACAAGCUGAAAUGUCAAUGUAUAAAAUGCAAGCUAUGAAAAAUUGUCAAAUUUAAACCGCAAUUGACCUUUGGUACUCGGGAAGAAUUAAUCAUAAUGACGCACUAUACUCCUUGUCACCAUUAUCAUGAGAUAAACAAUCACAGAAACACGAUUAAAAGAUGAUCAUCGGCAUUUAUUAAUUAGAUUUAAGAUGGAUACAAAGUUUUGUGGUGUGUGUGGUGAUAAAGCUUUAGGUUAUAAUUUCAAUGCAGUCACUUGUGAAAGUUGCAAGGCAUUCUUUCGAAGGAAUGCCUUAACAAAGAAAGAGUUCAAAUGUCCAUUCAGUGAACAGUGCGAGAUAACGACUGUUACUAGACGCUUCUGUCAGAAAUGUAGAUUGGAGAAAUGCUUCUCCAUCGGCAUGCGGAAGGACUAUAUUAUGUCCGAAGAGGAUAAAGUGCUGAAACGACAAAAGAUUGAAGAGAAUCGUGCGAAGAAACGUAAAACGGAUGGAUUUAAGAGCGGAUUCAAAAAAAUUAAACGAGAAUUUGCAGAUUGUCGGGUGGAUCUAAAUGGGGACUUCUAUGACAAACAUGUAAACGGCGUAAAUUCGAAUGAAGUCAGCGUAAUUAGCUAUAGUAACAGUGAUUACAUGAAUGGUAGUAAUAGUAAUUCGUCUAGUAACUCGUACACUAGCGAUCACUUGCAAUCACCCGAACAUAUUACACCACCGUCAAUGAUAAGAACAAUUUUAAAUCCUACGCCUAACGAAAAUGCGACUGAAGAAGAUGACGAGGGACCAUUUUUAGAAUCUUUGAUUAACAACAACGUGCAGAAUUGUAACCAUAACACUACCGUGCCGGUUCUGAAUCACAACGCAGAUGCAGCUAAGGAUAUAAUUCAAGAUGUGCAAAGAAUACCGAUCGAAGCCAAUUCGAUCGAGUCCAUACUUUGCGAGGCUAUUAAGCUGGAGUUUGAGGCCUAUACGUCCAUAUCGCAAUGCCAAAGCAAUUCCCGCGAGUUAAAUGAUGCAGAGAGAGCGAAAUUAAAUGAACUUAUAGUGGCGAAUAAGGCAUUGCUAACACCGUUAGACGACGACUUUAACAACAGUAUAGAUGAUAGCCAGUUGCAGUCAAAUCCAGAACAAGCCUUGCAUGCCGAUCCAGCCCUUGUGGAUGUCAUAAACUUAACAGCGGUAGCGAUUCGCAGGCUAAUAAAAAUGGCGAAGAAAAUUAACGCAUUCAAAAAUAUGUGCCAAGAGGAUCAAGUUGCCCUUCUCAAAGGCGGCUGUACAGAGAUGAUGAUUUUGCGCAGCGCAAUGGAUUACGACCCGACACGGCGUACAUGGCGUAUCCCUCACAGUCAAGAAUCUCUUAGCAAUUUAAAGGUGGACGUUUUAAAACUGGCCAAAGGCAACAUAUACCAGGAGCACGAAAGGUUCAUAAAAACCUUCGACCCGCAAUGGCGAUCGGACGAAAAUGUCAUUUUAAUCCUAUGCGCGAUUACGCUGUUCACCCCAGACAGGCCGAGAGUUAUUCAUCAGGAUGUCAUUAAAUUGGAACAGAACUCCUACUACUAUCUCCUACGAAGAUAUCUGGAAAGUGUCUACCCAGGCUGCACUGCUAAAUCCACAUUUCUGAAGUUAAUCCAGAAAAUAUCCGAAUUACAUAAAUUAAAUGACGAAGUGAUUAAUGUCUACUUAAAUGUGAAUCCCUCUGAAGUGGAACCGCUUCUUAUUGAAAUUUUUGACUUAAAAAAUCAGGCUUCCUAACGAAUUUAAGCUGGACCUUUUGUAAUUCAUGAACAGAACUCCUCAUAAAGCAUGAUGUUUAAUAUAUUAUUAAAUUUAUCAUGAUAUCUAUUAAUUGUAGCUAUAGAUUUUAAUAAUGUUAAAAUACACUAACCUGCAAUGUACAUGUUAUACAAAUGUUUAUAUUUUAUUUAUGUGUUGAUAAUAAAUUUGUUUAAUAUA